UAUGAGGCGUCUUUUUAUAAUUUUCUUAAUUUCUCAAUUGCCUCUGGCCGGCGAUUAGCAGAGGCGGUGGUCCGUUCGAAUUCGAUAGAGAGUCCCAAUUUUGAUCUGCUCUUCCUCGGAGACUGCUUGAGUUUCACGUUUCUGGGUUUGAGAUUUGAUAUGGAAGAUUCCUCAGUUUCAACAAGUUCAUGGGGUGCCAAUAUAGGGUUUGAGCAUCUAAAGAAGCAAGGUUGGAAGGAAGGUACUGGUCUAGGAAUCGCUGAACAGGGGAUACUGAUGCCUAUAGACACGCAAGUGAAACAUAAGAAACUUGGACUGAGAGCAGAGAAACUAAAGAUACAAUGGAGGAAUAAAAUUGUAAAGUCUCAGGCUACCAUUCCUCAAAACAGUGAAAAGGUGUCGAACGUUAUGGGUGAGUCCUCUGGAUCAAGCAGUUCAUUGCCUGCUAUCAAUUCUUCCAACAUUGGGUUUCAACUACUAAAGAAGCAUGGCUGGACGGAAGGCACUGGUCUUGGAGUCGCUGAACAGGGCAGAUUGGUGCCUAUACAAGCAGAGCCAAAAAAUAACAAAAGAGGAUUGGGAGCUGAACAACCAGCUAAGAGAAAAGCGGCACAACCUAAGGCUACAGCUUCUGGAGACGGCGAAAAGGAUGAAGGAGACUCAAAGAAGAGCAAGAAACUCUCUAAGAAAAUGCGGAAGAUGAUGGAGCACGAAAAACAUUUACAGGAAAAAGAAUUUGAACGAGCCUUCUUUAGGGAGUUCUGGCCUGAGAAUUUAUAGCUAGUUUUUUCACCUUUAGUUCUUCUUAUUGACUUGGAAUGUUCCAAAAAGCUUUCUGUAAUUACUACAAAUUUAGAGUAACUCUGUUUCUUAUAUUGCAUUGAUCUAUGAGGAAGAAGAAAGAUUAAUCUACCUUUUGACAUU